UUGAUUGUUCUACCCCUGUUCCCACUCUCCCUACCCUACCCGUAAUCUGUGACCACCGGGAUUUCUAAAGUACCACAUCAGCUUGUGCUGAUGUCGACGGAACAGGACACCGGUGCACUGCCACAACGCAGUGCCAGGCUCGCAGUUCGUAACCGUUCUGCAAUACCUCCACGGCCUAAGUAUCAGCAACAACGACUCAGCAGACGGACGACUCCAGCGGCAUCAAGUACGGCUACGACAGUACCAAUCACCACUGGGGCUCUUCCCGCAUGUCCGGUCCAAGGGGUCAGUGAGCCGUUGUCAGCUUACCUUCAGCGGGUACAGGCAUUUACAGAUGCCGUAGCUACCGCAAAGGCACAGCAGGAGGCAGCAGAGGCGGAACGUCAGCGGCUGGCCAGUGAGGCGGCAGCCCAAGCUCAGCAGACUGCUGAGGCUGACGCCGUGGCGGAUCCGACACCGGCGGAGGAAGAAAGGAGUAACCUGGCUGACCUGAUGCUAAACGUGAUGCGGGCGGUAACGUGGACCAAUACGAUGUUAACUGUGCAGAUACACGAGGGCAGACAGCUGCGACAGACUGAGCAGAAAGAUGUUGCAGCCUUAACAACCGCUGUUCGCGCUGCUGCCACACAUCAGCAACAACAGCAACAGCUGUUGAGCACCACCGCACGCGUCGACAGCAUCGAGGCUAAGCCCUCAGCAGUGCCAGGCUGCAAGACUGACACGGCGAAACAGCUCAACGAGCGCAUCGACCAUGUCGUCAGUCUAAUCGACGAACUCAGUGAUUUCACCAGUCCGGCUUCGAUCAGCAGCACGGUGGCCGCCAUCAAGACGGACAUCACCAAGCUGCAGUCGCAACCGGCAGCAGCUGCGAAGCUGGUACCACCACUAGACCAGCCGAGCCACGUGCACUUAGAUUGCAUAUGCGCAGCCUGUACACCGUCGGCAAGUGAUCCAGGCAGCUCGCCACUGAUUUCCGAGGACUCGACGGGGUGGUCAAGACUUGAGGAGCUUGACCCGCUCACGAAAGAGGACUUCGCUUGGAUGCCUCUACCCUCAACCGGAACCUUGCCAAGGCCGCAUUGCAACGCCUUGAUGGCAAAUCUACGCUCCUAUUUGCACGCUACAGUACCAGCUCCGUUGACGGACGAUGGGGUAGCGGUUGUCGAUCUCCGCUCCUAUCUUGCGAAGAUUGACCGCGAGUACGCCACCCAAAGGUACGCUGAAACCGACGAGCCUUUGCUCUAUAUCCGCAUUCAAAUCGGAAAGGCAACCUGUAGUGCCUUGAUUGAUUGCGGAGCGUCUCGCAACUUUAUGAGCCAAGCCUUUAUGGCCCGCGCMGRCCUUGGCCCGCGCGUUCGAAGGAAGACGCAACCYACGCAAGUUACACUCGCGRACGGCCGCACGCAAAAGUCAAUUGACCGAUGCGUCGACGGCGUUCCGGUAUACUUUGCGCCACUUGCGUGCGAGCUGGUGUCUUUUGACAUCCUCGACACCAAGUUCGACAUGAUUCUAGGCAUGUCUUGGUUGCGUAGCGCCGAUCAUCCGGUGAACUUCCACGACCGAACCGUUCACAUCCGUGACCGGAACGGAGUGUUACUACCAUGUACGGUCGCGACCCCUCACACUUCGAUUGCUUGUCACAUGGUUUCCGUUGCGAGAAUUCGCAACGCCAUAGCUCGGAAUGACGUCGAGGAGAUGGGCCUUGUAUUCUUGCACGCUCUCCCGUUGCCGGAUGGACCAGCCGCGUCACCGCCGGACCCACGCAUUUCUCACCUCUUGGACGAGUAUAGAGACGUCUUCGAGGGUCCCACCGGAACGGUUCAGGAUCGGCCCAUACGUCACGGGAUCACUCUCGAGACUGGCGCCGUCCCUCCGCGUGGAUGCAUUUACCGCAUGAGCGACGAGGAACUCGAGGUGCUUCGCGCACAACUCGACGACCUCCUUGGCAAGGGCUGGAUUCACCCUAGUUGUUCGCCUUACGGUGCCCCUGUUCUCUUCGUUCGGAAGAAGAACAAAGAUCUACGGUUAUGCAUCGACUAUCGCAAACUUAUUGCACAAACCGUAAAGAACGCCGACCCUCUCCCUCGGAUUGAUGAUCUCCUUGAGCGGUUAGGCGGCGCGACGUACUUCUCGAAGUUGGACUUGAAGUCGGGCUACCACCAGAUUGAAAUCCAGCCUCAAGAUCGGUACAAGACCGCGUUCAAGAUGCGGUACGGGCAUUUUGAGUGGGUUGUCAUGCCAUUUGGCCUCACCAAUGCCCCCGCGACUUUCCAAGCAGCUAUGACGACUGAGUUUCGCAACUUGCUCGAUCACAGCGUCCUCAUCUACCUCGAUGACAUCUUGGUCUAUAGUAGGACGUUGGACGAGCACAUCGUACACCUUCGCGCUGUUUUGGAUCGUUUGUGACUGGCCAAGUACAAAGCGAACCUCGACAAGU